CUGACUUCGCAAAUCGGACUAGGCUGUGUAAUUUCCACAAACAUAUGCAACCCCUUAACAAUAUUGCGUGGGGACGAUCCCUUCGCAAGACAUGCGCAGUGCGAUGGAAUUCUGGAGUUUUUGCCAUGAGCGCAAGAAAGGAUUCUAGAACCAAGCUGCCUAGCGUGACCCGUGCAGUACAAUUUGGAAGCCUACAAUUUGACGAUCCUGAAACCUUUAUCACCUUCAUGAAGUCGCCGUACGGGCAGAAGCAGAUCAAACACAUACUUGAAGACGACCGUGUUUCCCAAGAGAGGAAAGAUGCAAUUUCUACCCUGAUCCCAGAACUUUUCCUGCCAGAUACCUCUGAAUUGCCGGUGUAUUUACACGGAAGUGACAGAGAGAUAAUCGCAACGAAACCCAUUGAUCGUGCCCCCCUGUUAAGAUGCAGCACAAGGACUGAGCUAGAGAUCAUCCUCAAACGGCACAUGAACAUUGCAGAAGACGUUCCUGUGAAGUUGUACUAUGACUUCGGCUUGAAACCCUCAGAUCAAGAUGCCUGGUUUGUCCCAGAUGUGGAGUACGGGUUGACUGAAAACCUUGAAGCGGCCGGUCACAUAAGUGUGACCAUACUGGAAGAUGCAGGUCGAGCCACCAAAUCAUAGAGGGAUCUGAAUACAAGUUCCAUCCCAGACGCAAGCUGAGCUGAUAGAUACAAAAGAGGGAAGUGCCACUGGAUAAAAUUGAUGGCAUCAUUGCACUUUGGAGAGACGCAACCAAUUUGGAGUCUUGUCAGCAACAAGAUACAAGCUCUUCUUGGAUAUG